AUGCGCUCUAGAAAAGCACUGCCCCUAUUCUACCUCGUUCUUCUUCCUCUUGUGUGGAUGGGGACAGCGAGCGGUCAUGGGAGAAAGAAAUCGAGCAGCAUACCCUUCAUGUCGCUCACCUUCAAGCGCACUGUCAAGAACCAGAUUGUCCCCGUCCCUGAGUCAAGCGUGCCCAACUCUCUGCACCAUGUCCUGCUCGGUGUAGACGGCAUGCUGUAUGCUUCCUCCUUCAUCACCAACGAGGUGUACCGUGCCGUGGUCGACGAGCGAGGGGCAUGGCAGUGGUUCCGAGUAGUUUCGAAGGGCACGGGGGUUGAUGGCCCGACGGGCCUGGCGGUUGACAAAGAUCUGAGGCUGUACGUGGCCUCGUUCGGGACGGAUCAGAUCCUCCGGUACGACACGGUCACCGGCAGCCUGAUCGAUAUCUUCAUCAACGAUGAGGAAGGGAAGUUAGACUGCCCCGAGGGGCUCCUCCUCCUCGAGGACCGGCUGCUGGUCGCAAGCUUCCUCAACGACAGGGUGGUCAGCUACAGGCUGGACGGUUCCUUCCAGGAGAUCUUCUCUGCGGGCUGGUACAUGGAUGGGCCGCAGGUUAUGCUCUUCCAUCCCAAGACCAACUCCAUCUUCAUCUCUUCUUAUCAUAGAGACAAGAUUGUGAAGGUGGAUGCGACGACGGGGAAGAAGCAGGGAGAGUUUGGCGGUAAAGAGUUGAGCCGUCCUGUUGGGCUUGCGGCAGCUCCUGACGACACGGUGCUAUGCAGUUCACAUAAAAGCAACGAGAUCUUGCGGUACAACGCGAGUACAGGGCAUGGACUCUGGGCACCAACAGGAAUUGCGAUGAGCUCAGCUUCUGGAGAUGACAUUUGA